GGAUGAUGGAGUGGGGUUUGCUUCCAUUGGAGGAAGCUAAGAAGGUUUAUGAGAAGAAGCUGAAAAAGGCCCAUUACCAGAAGCUUGGAUCACCUGUCAAGACCGUCUCUGUUAAAAAAACAGCAACUAUCUCGGUUAAAAAAAAGAAGGAAACAGUCUCAAAGACUGCAGUUAAAGUGAUAAAGAAGCGAAAGGCCAGUGAUUCAGAAGCAGAUGAUGAUGAAGACUUCAUUGUGCACAAGAAAACAAUUCAAGAAACAGAAGAUUUCUAGCUAACAUGCUCCAUCCACAACUUGCUUUAUUUAUCACAAGCUACUUUGUUGCUUCUUGCCAUGCGCUAGUGCACACAGGUCUUUGCCACAGAAUAGUGUACUUUUCGAGGUGUAGAAGUUAAGAAAGCUUGGAUACAUGUUGAAUCCUGUGAUUUAUUAUUCAUUACCUACUGCAGACAGGAACUUCUGCUUUCUAAUUGCUACCAUAUUCCUUUUGACCAGGCAUGGAAGAAUAGCAACGUGGAGGUUAGUUUUGUCGUAUAACGAAUAGCGCUUUGACAACUAAUGUUAUAAUCUAUGACAUUACUUAUUUUUCUCGCUUGGAAAGAGAUGUCGUGCCUGGUAGAAGUUUCAUUACCUAGGGGGAAGUCAUUGGCGAUAUUCUGUCAUCCUAUAAUGCACUAGUGUUAUGGGUCUUCUAAGUUGUCAUUAAAUAGUGUGUUAAAGUUUUUGCCUUCUAGUGUAAAGGCACUAUUGUAUCGGCAACACCAAGGGAAAGCAGAUGCUUUGUUUUGAAGAAGUCACACCUGGUGGAAAAAGAAAUGAUUCUAUGUAGGAUAUGGCUUCUGCUAAGGAAGCAACCUUGCAUUUUUAUAUUACCAUCUUGAUUGACUGAAUCAAGAGAUCACAUCUUUGUGAGAAUUAUCUUAGUACUUUACGAUCUUUUCUUCAUGUCGCUUCAGUUUUCAAACAAAAAGAUAAUAUAGAAGGAAUUUGAUGGCAG